AUGGUAGGUCGAAAGAAGCAAAUGGCCUCAAAAACUCGGCUUCUUGAGAGCGACUCAGAGGAUGAUAUUUCGUCAUCGGGAUCCGUCACUGAAGCCGAAGACCUCGAGGAAGAUAUCGAUAUGGAAGAUUUGGAUACAACAGAACUAGAGAAUGCUCAUAGUGAUGGUAAAUUAUUUUUCUUGACGAACACUGAUCACGAUAAUUAUUUUCAGAAGAUGGAUUGGAAACAGAAGAAAUGGAUAAGAAGCGCGAGAAACAUUUCUGCAAAGAAAUCUGGCAGCUCAAAAAGCUUCCUUAUACAGGCCAACCGACAUUUUCAAAUGAUCAAAAAAGGACUUGCUGAGUCGAUUUUAUUGAACGAUGCUGCCACAGGAUUUUGUCAUUGGACAAUGGAACUAGACAAAUAUAUCGACUUCUACGGACGUCGAUUUUCGAAAGAGGAACACAUUCAAUUGAUUCACAUCUUCCUUCCUCUUGUAAAGAAAGGUGCAAUCUUUCGGAAUGUGAAAAUUGCUAUGCGGACAUUAUAUACACUUCUCAGUAAGAAAGAUUUUCUCACUCGUCAAGACUUGGUCAUUGAUUGGCGCCCACUGAUGGAGCUUUAUGUUGAAGUCACGUUCAAGAACCUUGAAGAAGAUGGAUUGUUCCUGAUGCCUGAUGGAUUCAGAUCGGAUUUGCACACCUUGAUAUUCUACUCUCGUCCUUACUUUUCCGAUGAAUCCGUGCAAGAGCUACUAGACGAAGUACGUCCUUUCAUGUGUGUUUGGGACGAAUCAUGUCUUCGGUAUUGGAAACUUAUGGAUCUUUUCUUGUGCACGGCUAUGCCGGUUCAGAGACAACUCACACAUGGGUCUGCACUUUGGCUGGAUGAAGCGUGGUAUUGGUACGAGCAGAUCACAAACAACUCCUUGUUCGAAACGCAAGCUAUUAAAAUGUUUGCAAGACUAUCAGUUGAAUGUCCUGGUCAUAUUGACUGGACUGGUAAGCUCGACUUGAUCUUCUCCCGACUUCUCAGAGCUCUGCGUCUUGGACACGUCACAGGACUCUGCCAAGUUUUCAAUCAAGAGUAUGGAUCAAUCUGGCUCGUUUUCAUGAUGGGAACGAAGGCACACGACAAGUUGAUGAGUCAUAUGCGUGAUCUUUUCAACCAAGUCGAAUCGUUUUUGCAUCCAUCAAACAAUGGUCUUCACACCCAACAUAUCAUGGUUUUGCUUUCGAAGUUGCUGUCUAACACAUUGCUCAGACUGAAGAGGGAAAGGUCAGAGAAGUCACCAAAAAGUAACAGAACACUUACAAUGAUUCCUGAUGAAAUGCGACUCACCCAAGCACAUCUCGACGAGCUGGUUACCAUGAUGCUUCCGAGUCUAAAACUCAUUGCAUUCACCAAAACUUGCAAAGAACUUGUCAGUCCAGCAUACAGAUCUGCAUGCCUUCUGUGUCCGAAAAUUAUUCUACCGAUUGUGCUGGAUAUGGUCUAUCCAGCGUUAGAGACACUUGUGGAACCGCAUCGUCUUCUUCAGACAUUGGGAACUCUUCUUGGUGUGCUCAUUCCAUUGGUGAAAGAUGAACCUGACGCUGAAGGAAAGACGUAUAGAACUCAUGUCAUCACGAUUCUCAAUUCAUUGCUUCCGGGUCUUGACUGCAACGACAUUAGCAAGUGUAUGGUUACGUAUCAAAUCAUUGGUGUAAUCGUCAAUAUGAUUCCAAUUGUGGACUGUUCUGAAGCCGUUCAUGUGCGAUGUGAUCUCACCGAAGACGAGAAAGAGCUUUGUUCAGCUACAGCAAAUUUUGAUUCUAUUAUUUCGAUGCUCAUGGAUCGAAUGUUUGAAAUGCUUAUCGCUGUAGGGCAAACUGCGACAACAUCAGGAACUCAUGGAUCGAUCUCUGCCAAGACAGGAAGUAACAUUGAAGAUCAAAUUUUUCAUCGAGGAACUCUUUCCGUUUUCAAGGGAAUCUGUAGAAACAGUAGUACCGAACUGUUCAAUAUCGCCAUCAACAAGUUGUACAGUGUCGCAUGUGAGCACGUGUUCGAUAGCAGAAUAGCCAAUGACGUGAUUGGGGACAUGAUCCAAGUGGCUUGCAAAUUCCACCCUGAUAUUGCUUUCCAUAAGUUCUUCAAGCUUGUGAUUUCUAAAAUACAAAAUUGUAUCACUCCCGAAUUCUACACUGAAGAGAAGGUCGAGUUUGGAACUCUUUGGUGGAUUGCUAUCGCUUCUCGAAUGAUCAAAGUUCAUCCAAAACUACUUCUGGAAAACUGGCACAUGGUCUCGACUCUAAUGGAUCUUGUGAUGCCGAACAAGAAAUGCACAACAGCAACUGAGAAAGCAUUAAAUGUGAUGGACAACCUUCUGGAUCAGUUGACCUCGAUUCAAAUCAACUCUCUUGCCGAAAGGAGAAAGAUGUACGACCUUUCGACAGAACAGUUUCUUGCUAUCAGACAUUGGGCGGCUCCAGUCGAGAAAAAGAACUGGAAUCCGGAAUGGAUCAUUCCAACGCACGAAUCAAUCGACCGAGCAACACAAAUUCUUCGUAAAUGGUUGGUACCAACUAUUGAUUCACUGAAUGCGCCUACCGGGAUUCCGAAGAAAGAAUUGCUUCAUCGUCUUUAUCUAGUGAGAAGUGCGCUUCUUGGAUCAUGCUUCUCUUUGCCGCUUCUUGAAGGAAAACUGAUUCCAUUGUCUGAUUCGCACAUUAUUACACCAGAAAACGAAAUGAUGACGAUUGUAAAACCAAAAGGAACGCCCGAGAUUUCCAUUGAUGGCAAAAAUGUGCGAAAGAUGAUUCUCGACUGCACCGUCGGAUUGAUCAAUUGGCUCUUGGAAAACAAUCCAGACGAUGUUAAGUCGAUUCAAGAAUCCAUUUCGAUUCUUCGAAGCCUUCCACUUAAUCGUGGUUACACCAGGGAACUUUACAAUACUUCUUCAACUAGUUAUCGUGUCACGAAAACAAUGCUGUGCGACAAAUUGGCUGGUAACAAGAGUAACAUCGAGAUGAUUGUCGAGGAGUAUGUGAUGCUUUUGCAUCGAAAGCGUAUUGCACACACUCAAGGAUGGCACUUCAACGAACAUCACAAGUUAUUGCAGGAUACACUUUUGAAAGUAGCAACCAGUACUUACAGUGAGUUUUUUCAGAACCGAUCUAAAGCACAAGCCAUUCUUUUGAGCAAGCUUCGGGAGCAUCCAUAUUCGUAUAAACUCAUCCUCAAUGAUAUUAUCUCUUUCUUACAACCUGGAAACGACGUUUCCCAUGAACAACUGAAAGGAGCGUUGUAUUUACUCAUUGACGGAAAGAAACAAUCGUUGAUGCUUCGGAUGGAGUUUGAACAACAAGCGAAAAUGUGGCCGGCUCUUGUCAAAGUUCAGCAUAGCGAGAAGCCGACAAUCAUUGCUCUUCUGGAAAAUGCCCAGAAUAUGAUUGUGGACAACUACGAAAGCUACCGCCUCAAGUAUGAGUGGGAACCGAAACAUGUAGAAGCUGCUUGGAAACUGUUGAGAGCUGCUGAUGAAUCAUCGCCAUUGCACAAUGCGGAAAUGCUACGUGGUCCCUCGGAGGCAGAGUUGGAGAAAUACAAAAACUUACUUACCGAAAAGUACGAAAAGUCGAAGGCCAACUAUUUCUCACUCAUCAAUGAGCUCUUUGCUCUUGCUAACGACCCAACUCUUCACUGGCGUCCUCUGGAUAUGGCAUACUCUAUGCUCUCCAUGCAAGUUCGCCGGGACUGUCCACUCCCGGAUAACGUUGUAAAAAUGUUUGUCCGUCUUCUAAUCAACGAUACGGUGAAGACAAGAAGAAUCGCCUCGGCCGUCGUGGCAUCGUGGCUCAAAAUGACGAAGCCAAAAGCAGUGAAACGCGAAUACGUAAUUCCAUACAAAGCACCAAACACUUCAACAGGAGCCAUGCACCCUAUUCCAUACGGAUUCCGGUCGGACAACCGAAUCAUGAUGUAUGAAGAAGACAAGCUGCCUAAAACCGACGAGGAAUGGGAUUCAUUCCAGUUCUGCUGUAAGCAAAAUUGGGGAGCUUACACCUGGCCAGCGAAGCUAAGAACCUACGCACCACUGAAAGAGCAGAAUGCUAUUGACAGAAAUUAUGAAGACUUCAGUGACGUAGAAAAAUACAUUGUGGAGAUGUUCCAAGAUGAGAAGUUUAUGACUCGCUUCCGGGAGCUUUUCUCUAUCGAAAUGAAGAAGGAGGAUGAAUUGUUCAACGCCGUCAAUUUCUCUCUGUUCCAAGGCCUUUUCAGAUGUUAUGGCGAUGUUCUAACUCAUGCAUUCCGAGCACAACUCGAGCUUCUAUUGCAAAGUACUAAGGAAUAUGAACAGAAGUUGGCUGCUGAAAUCACAGCCGGUAUGAUCAACGGUUCAAAGCUUUGGAAAUAUGAGAAGCAGCGUAAACUGUGGAACUGGCUUGACCCUCUUCUCACUAAGACUUUUGAGAUCAUGAAGGAGGAUGGACUACGAAACUGGGGAGUUGCUAUUGCAACCGUUUGCGGUUGUUCGGAAGCUAGAAUGCUGAAGCCUCUAAUUGAUUUGCUUUUCAAACUGAUAGAAAGACCGACCGACAACGCUUAUGCUGCGAGCAGUAGAAUGUUCCUAGUACAAUCUGCUCUGUGUCAAUUCGAAUGGAGAGGUGUUGAAUUAUGGAACAAGUUAGUCGACAUGAUGAAAGGAAUGCUAGUUCAACCAUUCGCGAACCUCAGAGAUCGCAUUGCUAUUUCCCUGGUAUCCGCAACAUGGUACGACCUUCCCGCAGUCUGUGUGGACCCUUCUCUCCCUAAACGUCUCCAGCCACCACGAAUUGAGGAGAUUUCUGCUCUCUACCAAGAUUUGCUAGGCACCUGCUUCGAUGAAGUUAGAAUGGUUCGCGACAUUGACCUUGCUAACGGAUAUGCUAAUGGAUCAUCAUCAUUGACGGUUCCUACUAGUUCUGGUGGAAUGAUGACACAGUCGGCAUCUAGUGCGUCUCUUGCAGAAGUCUCAGAAGUGAAGAAGCAGUCUCGUCUUACACUCCGUGCUGCAAUUUCUUUUGUCUUUAAUACAUGCAAUCAAUCGUACAAUGCAUAUCCGCCGUCAUUCUUGCAAUUCAUCCCUCUAUGGUGUCACUAUUCGAAUGACGUAGGAGACGAGGAACUCCAGAAAACUUGUUCAUCACUUUGUAUCACUCAAAUGGAGGCUAUUUACAUUUCCCCAGAAAAUGCACCAGAAGUCAUUCGUCAGUUCCAACAGAUUCUCUCGACGCCGUGCUGGUGGAAGGCUAAAGUAGCAGCUUUGAAAAUGGUCCGAAUGCUAGUUUUCUCUAAUAGAUACGUCUUUAGAAUACAUCGUGAUGAUGUUGGAAUUAUGUUGGUCAAUGCACUGAAUGACAACCAGAUCGAAGUCCGUGAAAAGGCGGCCGAGGCACUCAGUACGCUUCUUCAAUCGAAGUUCUUCGAGACCACGCCGGAGCUUGUAAGCAAGUUCAGCACAGCGGCUAACUCGCAAGAUAUGGUCCAAGCUCAUGGAGGAGUUAUGGGGCUGUCAGCAAUCGUCCUCGCUUUUCCAUAUUCCGUUCCCCCACUCCUACCUGGAGUGCUGAUGACGAUUUGUCGCUUCGCCACGGACAAAAAUGCAAUAAUUCGCGAAGCCGUUAAACGCACACUUUCGGAGUUCAAACGUACCCACCAAGAUUCUUGGCGAGAACACGAACAACAAUUCAACGAGGACCAGCUGAUGGUUCUUCGUGAUUUACUCAUCUCCCCAAACUACUAUGUCUAG